GUGACGCAAUGAGUUCCGGUUGGACGGAGCGCAGCGGCGGGUGUGAGAAUCCGUCAGGAGCCGCUUCCAGGGUUCUGAGAUCCGGAGAAGCUGGGGUCUGAGCGGCUUCUCAAGAAUUAACUAAUCUAUGAAAUGGCAGAGAAUGGAAAAAGUUGUGACCAGAGACAUACAGCAAUGAACAAAGAGCAACAUAAUGGAAACUUCACAGACCCCUCUUCAGUAAAUGAAAAGAAGAGGAGGGAGCGAGAAGAAAGGCAGAAUAUUGUGUUGUGGAGACAGCCACUUAUUACCUUGCAGUAUUUUUUUCUGGAAAUCCUAGUAAUCUUGAAGGAAUGGACCUCAAAAUUAUGGCAUCGUCAAAACAUUGUGGUGUCUUUUUUACUGCUGCUUGCUGUGCUUAUAGCUACGUAUUAUGUUGAAGGAGCACAUCAACAGUAUGUGCAACGUAUAGAGAAACAAUUUCUUUUAUAUGCCUACUGGAUAGGCUUGGGAAUUUUGUCUUCUGUUGGGCUUGGAACAGGACUGCAUACCUUUCUGCUUUAUCUGGGUCCACAUAUAGCUUCAGUUACAUUAGCUGCUUAUGAAUGUAAUUCAGUUAAUUUCCCUGAACCACCCUAUCCUGAUCAGAUUAUAUGUCCAGAUGAAGAGAACAUUGAAGGGACUAUUUCUUUGUGGAGCAUCAUCUCAAAAGUUAGGAUUGAGGCCUGCAUGUGGGGUAUUGGAACAGCAAUCGGAGAGCUGCCACCGUAUUUCAUGGCAAGGGCGGCUCGUCUCUCAGGUGCUGAACCAGAUGAUGAAGAAUAUCAGGAAUUUGAAGAGAUGCUGGAACAUGCAGAUACUGCACAAGACUUUGCCUCCCGGGCUAAACUGGCAGUUCAAAACCUAGUGCAGAAGGUUGGAUUUUUUGGAAUUUUGGCCUGUGCUUCAAUUCCAAAUCCUCUAUUUGAUCUGGCUGGAAUAACAUGUGGACACUUUCUUGUACCUUUCUGGACCUUCUUUGGUGCAACCCUGAUUGGAAAAGCAAUAAUUAAAAUGCAUAUCCAGAAAAUAUUUGUUAUAGUAACAUUCAGCAAACACAUAGUGGAGCAGAUGGUGGCUUUCAUAGGUGCUGUCCCUGGCAUAGGUCCCUCUCUGCAGAAGCCAUUCCAGGAAUACCUGGAAGCUCAGCGGCAAAAACUUCACCACAAAAGUGAAACGGGCACCGUACAGGGAGAAAAUUGGUUGUCCUGGAUGUUUGAGAAGUUGGUCGUUGUCAUGGUGUGUUACUUCAUCCUGUCCAUCAUUAACUCCAUGGCACAAAGUUAUGCCAAACGAAUCCAACAGCGGUUGAACUCAGAGGAAAAAACUAAAUAAGUGGAGAAAGUUUUUAACUGCAGAAAUUAGAAUGGCUGAGUCCUGCCUUAAAUGAGGAGGACUCCAAACCAGGGAGGAAAAUUCCCUUUUCCAACCUGUAUCAGUUUUUAAAUAUUUCUUCCUGAAACCAGUUUAGUCCAUAUUUUGCACUGACUUACUUUUCCUUUGUGUGUUAAGGUAAGGUAUCCACCCUAAACUCAAUCCAAAUUGUAUUUUAUAAGGGUGGAAUGUGAUGUUCGGCAGCAAACUUACCAGAAACUGGCCUUCAAUUUGUUACUUUCAGAAGGCCCACAAAUACAAUUUAAGAAUUCCCACUACCACCCCCCCAAAAAAAAAAUUCCUAAGUGUGUCAAGCUUUUUAGCUUGUCCAAAUGAUGGCUGUUUUCUAAUUCAUCAAAAUGUAUAUAAAUUACACUAGAUUGGAUAACAGUCUUGCAUGUCUAUCAUGGUAAAAUUUAAUAUGCCAUCCUGCCCAAACCCUUCCUUGAUCCCACCCUCAAGGCCAUUUUAUGAUGCAUUGCACACCCUCUGGGAAAACUGAUCUUUAAAUUUUGAGACAGUAUAAGGAAAAUCUGGUUGGUGUCUCACAAAUGAGCUGACGCCAUUUUUUAUUCUGUAUAUUUAGAAUGAAGUCAAGAAAAAACUUUAUAAAGACAUCUUUGAUCAUUCCAAAA